ACUUCUUUCUUCUACAAUGGGCAUUCUGAGAUCUCCCUCUCUUCUUCUGCACUGAAAUGGCUUGGAUUUGUGACGGCGGUUUGGGUUCAGUCCAUCUCCGGCAACAACUACACUUUCUCCAACUACUCUGGCGCUCUCAAGUCACUCAUGAACCUCAACCAGCUCCAGCUCAACAACCUCUCCGUCGCUAAAGACGUCGGAAAAGCCUUUGGAAUCCUCGCUGGCCUCGCCUCGGACCGUCUUUCCACUCCAGUGAUCCUCCUUAUCGGUUCUUUAGAAGGUCUUCUUGGCUAUGGUGUACAAUGGCUCGUCGUUAGCCGCACCAUCACCCCUCUCCCUUAUUGGCAGAUGUGUAUAUUCCUCUGUAUGGGAGGAAACAGCACGACGUGGAUGAACACGGCGGUUCUUGUUACUUGCAUACGAAACUUCCGGCGAAACCGUGGUCCGGUCUCGGGGAUCUUGAAAGGAUACGUCGGUCUAAGCACGGCUAUUCACACCGAUCUCUGCACUGCUCUCUUCUCAAACGAUCCUGCGUCGUUUCUCGUUUUACUCGCGGUGGUGCCUUUCGGAGUCUGUCUCACGGGUUUCUUCCUCCGUGAGAUCCCUCCGGCUUCCUCCGCCGACGAGGAGAGCGAAGAGACGCGUUACUUCGCGGUAUUCAACAUCCUAGCCGUCGUUGUUGCUGUGUACCUUCAGUCUUACGACAUCAUCGGAAUCAAAACCGGAGUGUUCUCGGUCGUUUUCGCCUCCGUACUUCUCUUCCUCCUGUUCUCUCCGAUCGCCAUACCUUUCCACUCGUUCAUACGAAGCUUGAACCGCGGUGAAGAACAAGACGUGGAAGGGCGGGUUCAAGAACCGCUGCUGAGAUCGGCGGAGAAGGAAGAAGUAGUUGUAAGAAGAGGAGAGUCCUGUGGAGGAGAGGAAGAGGCCGGUGUUGGGAGAAGACACACGAUAAUGGAAGCGAUGCUGACUGUCGAUUUUUGGGUGCUGUUCGUGUCGUUCUUGUGUGGUGUAGGGACUGGUUUGGCAGUGAUGAACAACAUGGGCCAGAUUGGGCUUGCACUUGGUUACACAGACGUCUCGAUCUUCGUCUCCAUGACUAGUAUUUGGGGCUUCUUCUUCGGUCGUAUUCUUUCCGCUCUCUCCGAACACUUUCUCAAGAAAGCUGGAACACCAAGACCACUAUGGAACGCAGCAUCUCAAAUCCUCAUGGCUGUAGGGUAUCUACUAAUGGCUUUAGCUGUCCCCAAUUCACUUUACAUCGGUUCAAUGGUGGUCGGAGUUUGUUAUGGUGUCCGUCUAGCUAUUACUGUACCCACAGCAUCAGAACUCUUUGGUCUCAAAUACUAUGGUCUCAUCUACAACAUCUUAGUACUUAACUUACCACUUGGCUCGUUCCUCUUCUCUGGUCUCCUCGCUGGGUUCCUCUACGAUGCAGAGGCUACACCAACUCCUGGUGGGGGCAACACUUGCGUCGGAGCUCAUUGUUACCGUCUCGUCUUCUUGGUGAUGGCUUUAGCUUCUAUUAUUGGAGUCGGUUUAGAUAUUCUGUUGGCUUAUAGGACAAAGGAGAUUUAUGCUAAGAUUCAUGCUAGCAAAAAGGCCAAAAGUUCUGGUAGUGACCUUAGUUAAUAAUUGUUCUAGUUAGAUUGCACUAGAUUGUUCAUCACGAUUUUUUAGUUUGAGAUGCUGAUGUUUUUUUGCAUGAAAAAAAUAUUGGUUUCAUUCAUGAUACAAUGUUGUACUUGUAGUCAGAGUCACCGCACACCAGCGUAAACUUUUCAAGAUUUUGUUCAUAUA